AUGUCUAUAUCUCAGCUUGUGGACACGAAAACACAUUUGAUACCUGGAAAACUUAAGGUCUCGGAGUUAUUCUUUGAAGUUCCUUUAGACUAUUCAAACGAAUCAAAAGGUUCAAUCCGAAUCUUUGCUCGCAGCGUGAUCAGACAUGAGAAUCCAGCAGCAAAAUCCACUGAAGAAGAAAUCCGCAAAUCUUCCCAAAAGCCCUGGUUUGUCUACCUUCAAGGUGGGCCAGGUUUUGGAUGCAGACCUCCUCAAGAUGCUCCAAUUACCAAUGUAGUUCUUGAUAAAGGUUAUCAGAUGCUGUAUAUUGAUCAACGUGGUACUGGAUUGAGUAAUCCUAUCUCGGCUGCUACUUUGGCCUUUACAGGAUGGUCCGUCUUCGGCCAAUCCUUCGGUGGUUUUUGCGUCCUCACUUAUCUCUCAUUCCACCACCAAGGCCUCCGCGAAGUCUUCACCAGCGGUGGUCUCGCCCCAGUCGGCCACUCAGCCGAUCGAGUCUACCGCGCCACCUUCCAGAAAGUAAUUGAGCGAAACCGAGCCUACUAUCAAAAGUUCCCUGAAGAUGUCGCUGUAAUUCAAGGACUGGCUAUUCAUAUUAGCGCCAAGAAUGGACUUCAAAUGCCAUCGGGUGGUACGUUGACUGUGAGAAUGUUCUUAACUAUGGGGAUUAACUUUGGUUUCCAUGGGGGACUGGAUAUGGUUCAUGAUAUUGUGUUGAGGAUGAGUUCCGAUUUGGAUCAAUUUUCUUUCGUUACUAAACCUACUCUUAAGGCUAUUGAGGAUAUGGUCAGGUCGAGCAAAACCCUCUCAGAAUACAAAUGGCUUUCCGGGCGGCCCCGCUCUCCCACCUCCAUAAUCAGCGAACCCCUCUACUUCUCCGGCGAAAUGAUCUACCCCUUCAUGUUCGAAACAUCCCCAGAACUCUCCUCCAUCUACCCCGCCGCAAAGCUCCUCGCCGAAUACACCGACUGGCCACCCUUAUACGACGAGUGGCAAUUAGCACGUAAUGAGGUACCUAUGUAUGCGGCUACUUAUGUAGAUGAUAUGUAUGUGGAUUUUGGGCUCGCGCAGGAGACGGUCAGGUUGGUGAGGGGUUGUAAACAGUGGGUUACUAAUGGGAUGUAUCAUGAUGCGGUGAGGAGUCGGACGGGGGAGAUGAUGGGGGAGUUGUUUGGGUUGAGGGAUGAUGUUGUUGAUUGA